AUGGCGAGCAUACCUGCCUAUUCUGACUGUAUCUUGAUCACCGCGCACUGGAUAGCAGACCAAAAAGAAGUCACAGUUGUCGAACCGCUCUUGGAAGCCACGGACGAAGAAAAGAUGCCUCACGCAGAGCUUGCCCCUAUAAAACCACCAUCACUUGUGGUUGUCACAGGCGCCAACGGCUUCAUCGCGUCCCAUGUGAUCCAGCGACUUCUCCUUCUCGAAUUUCGCGUAGUCGGCACCGUUCGCUCGCAGAGCAAAGCAGAUGCAGUGAGGAACACACACGCCCAAUUGACUCCAGCGUGCGUGGAUCUCUUGACCACCGCGAUCAUCGAAGACAUCACGGACCCCGAAGCAUACCACUCACUUUUCGACUCAUACCAGCCUGUUGCGGUGUUCCACCUGGCGAGCCCUUUUGGAUACUCGGUUGACAACUAUGAGCGAGACAUGAUGCAGCCCGCAGUUAGAGGAACUGAGGCCGUGUUUAAAGCCGCAGCGAGGAGCCGCUCAGUGCAGAGAAUUAUCCAUACAAACAGCUUUGCAUGCAUCUACGAUGCCAGCCUCGGACCGCGGCCAGGAUACACGUACACCUCGAAGGAUUGGUGUCCGCUGACAUACAACGAUGGUGUAACGGCACCAAAUCCGGCGGUGGCAUAUCGUGCAAGCAAGGCUGUCGCAGAGAAGACGGCGUGGGAGUUCAUGGAAGCUUCUGACUUCCCAGGCGGCUUUGAUCUUGUCAGUCUGUGUCCAGCCAUGGUCUUUGGACCGUUCCUCGAUACUCCCUUCUCGCUACCUCAAUCUCCCAAGGGCCUCAAUACCAGUAACCAGCUGGUCUGGGAUGUGGUUUCUGCAGGCGAGGACGCUGCUAUGCCGCCCACGAAGGGACCGGUGUGGGUCGAUGUUCGCGAUGUGGCUGAAGCACACGUUAAGGCUCUCUCCGAUCCAUCACUCGGUGGAAAGCGUAUGUUGCUUGCACAAGGAAUCUACUGUAGUCAGGAAAUUGCCGAUGUCUCAAGCGAGGUGGCGAGGAAACACAGUCAUCGAAUCGCCCUCGGAAGUCCUGGAAAACGCGAAGCACAUACUCAUUUUGGUGUUGACUCAAGUGUGGAGGCGUCUGAUCUGGGCAUCAAAUGGAGAGGUCUUGCUGAAACGCUGAGUGAUUUAUUACCGCAACUGUACCGGAUUGAGCAGACAGAUUAG